CUAGAAGUCUAGUGUACCUGUAUUUGAAGGAGGCUCCUCUCUUAAUGUUUAAUCUUUUAAGUACUAGGCAUUGUUGAAUCUUUUUGUAAUUAAAAGUAAUAAGAAAAAUUGCUAUAAUACCCACACAAAAAGCAGUGGCACAUUCCUUUAACAAGUCUCCAUCUGUUUCUCACCUCACAGGUGUCUGCUGUUGAACUGCUGUAUGUGUGCUGUUUGUCAGUCUGUCCAUCACCGCUGUCUGCCUGCCUGUCUGUCCAUCCGGCUUGCCUGGAAUGGGCCACAACUCCCAAAGACUAGAACACACACCUUUUUAACCUGAGCUCCGCCGUCCGGACUCUACCAUACUCUCAGCCAACAUGUUUUGGAAAUUUGACCUCCACACCACAUCCCACAUUGACACGCUGUUGGAGAAGGAGGAUGUGACGCUGACAGAGGUGAUGGAUGAGGAUGACGUCCUGCAAGAGUGCAAGGCCCAGAACCACAAACUGGUUGACUUCCUGCUGAGACCACAGUGUAUGGAAGACCUGGUCACCUUCAUCACACAGGAACCCUGUACUGAUGUUGAGGAGAAGGUUAAAUACAAGUAUCCCAACAUAUCAUGUGAGCUUCUUACGUCAGAUGUGGGCCAGAUCAACGACAGACUGGGAGAAGAUGAAAAACUGCUGAUGAAACUUUAUAGCUUCCUCCAGAAUGAGCCGCCUCUCAACCCACUCCUGGCCAGCUUCUUCUCCAAGGUCCUGUCCAUUCUUAUAGGACGCAAGCCUGAACAGAUAGUGGAUUUUCUGCGGAAGAGGGAGGACUUUGUAGACUUGAUGAUCAAACACAUCGGUACAUCUGCCAUCAUGGACCUGCUUCUCAGAAUGCUUACCUGCAUUGAACCACAACAGCUACGGCAGGACGUUCUCAAUUGGCUGAAUGAGGAGAAGGUGAUUCAGAGACUGGUGGACAUGGUACAACCUUCUCAAGAUGAGGAUAGACACUCCAAUGCCUCCCAGUCACUGUGUGAGAUAAUCAGACUGAGCAGAGACCAGAUGUUCCAGGUCCAGGGCUCCUCAGAUCCAGACCCACUUCUGGCCACACUUGAAAAGCAGGAGACGGUGGAGCAGCUGCUGUUUAAUAUCUUUGACAAGGAGAAGAAUGAAUCUGCAAUUGUCAGUGUUAUCCAGAUCCUCCUCACAUUGUUUGAGACCAGGAGACCAGCGUUUGAGGGUCAUAUGGAGUGCCCCCCUGGGAUGUCCCAUCCUUCAUUCUCCGUCAAUCACAGCAUCCUUGAGGCUGUGAGACCCCGACUUAAAGACUUUCACCAGCUGCUACUGGAACCACCAAAGGCGAAUGUGAUGAAGACAACGUGGGGGGUGCUGGACCCUCCUGUGGGCAACACCAGGCUCAAUGUGGUCCGACUGGUGGCCAGUCUGUUGCAGAGCAACACUCACAGCAUCAACACAGAACUCAUUAACCUCAACACACUGGGAAUCAUACUAGAUAUGUAUUUCAAAUAUAUCUGGAACAACUUCCUCCACAUUCAAGUGGAGAUCUGCACAGCCAUGAUUCUGGCUAUGCCCCCCGCACCCACUGACAUCCAGCCAGACACGGAGCAGGAAAAUGCAAGGGAGAGCAUCCUCAUCAAACAUCUCGCUGAUCUUGGUCUGGAUGCCUCCAUCCGCAGCUGGAUAUUCAACUUCCUGACGGGCAAGCCCCAGGUGGUGAGAGUCGGCAGCCACACUUCUUUCUCGCUGACACUGAACACGGGUACACCACAAGGCUGUGUGCUCAGCCCCCUCCUGUACUCCCUGUUCACCUACGACUGUGCUGCCAAGCACAGUUCAAACAUCAUCUUUAAGUUUGCUGACGAUACGACCAUCAUGGGCCUCAUCACAAACAAGUGCAAGACUAAAGAGAUGAUCGUGGACUACAGGAGACAGAAGGGGGUGGAAACCUCCCCAUCCAUGUUGGUGAUGCUGAGGUUGAAAGGACUGAGGAAGUUUGGCAUGAACACCAGCAUCCUCACACACUUCUACAGAGGAACCAUUGCGAGCUUGCUGACGGGCUGUAUCACGGUCUGGUACGGGAACUGUUCUGCUCAAAGCCUCAAAUCGCUUCAGAGGGUGGUGGAGGCGACACAGCACAUCAUUGGCAACAGUCAAAGCAUCAUCAAGGCGCGAAAAGGUAGAUCAUCGGAGGGCACUUUUCAAGAUGGCGGUUCCGUCAACUUCAGCGACCCCUUCCCCCACUACAGCUACAGCCUAUGUCACUCAAACUGUCGCAGCAACACUAUUGGUUGUAAACCCAUCGCUCAAAUCCAGUCAUGA